UUUACUCAGAACCAAGUGGGCUAUGGGAGUGUUUUAUAAAGGCCUCGAAUCAGGAGGAGAGAGUGCUCCGGCUCCCUCUGGUGUGAUUUCACUGUGGCCCACGGAACAAAGAAGCCCCAAGAGGGAGAUGGCCCUCGUGAGCCCCUUUACCUGCACUCUGCAAGAAUGCCUUCCCUAGAAAAGCCGCUUUCUCUCUAACCUCUGGGCUUUCCCAGCCCUGGGAUUCAGGGCCUCCUUUCCCUGCAGAUUCUGUGCUCUUCUGCCCAUGGUAGUACCCUCAGGGAAUGGCUGUUCCCUUCCUCCUGGAGCACCAGGAGAAGGGCGCGUGCAUGUGUCCUAGGAGGACGUGACUGGGGGCUCUGCCGGCCGCACAGGCUGCUGCUGCUUUCCACAUCGUGUACCUGAGAACAAGAAAAAACAAAACCUGCCGAGCCUCGCUGAGCAGUCCAUCGCUGAAAGUCUCCCCCUGGUCACUGGGUGCAUUUUAAUCUCUAACGCCUCUGGGGAGGGGGACGUGCGAUGCUCCAGUGUUGUAGUCCUACUCGCUGAUUCUCCAGGAGCCCGUGCGAGGCCCGAGGACAGCCGCUCCCUUGAUCAGCCAACAAGCUUGUUGGCUGCUAAGAGAACGUCUUAAUGAUGAGCACAGAUAGACCGUUCGUGGCGUCCCUGUAACUGAUGGCUCUCGUCAGUUUGCCCUUCGCCACAUUUCAGGGGACGAUGAGGAAGCGCUCCUGGGCUCAGCUACACUCGGAAACUCCCCCUGCAGUGGCCGACCUGAAGCAUCGCGCCGGCUUCCUCAUCAUUUUCUGUUUCGGAUGUGAACAUACCGCUUGUCAGUUACCCUCCCGUUGCCAAAUGAAUCAUUUGUUUUGGCGCUUGUCACAAAGGGCAAAGUGACCAGAGUUCCUGAACAAGGUGCCGGGAGGGUUCCAGCAUCCCAUCGUGUUCAUCGAGCCUCGGGGGCAAGGCCACAAUUUGCACUCAGGGCUUCUUAGUCAAAGAAUACCAUUACUGAAGCCUGCUGAGUGGAUCCUAUAGGUGCUUACUGAAAAGAGCUAAGGGCAGCAAGGAGGGCUGGAGUCAGGAGGAUCUGGAUUCAAAUCUGGCCUCAGAUAUUUCCUUAGUUGUGAGAUACUGGACAAGUCACGUAAACCCAACACCCUAGUCUUUGCCCUUCUGUCUCAAGAGUUGUUACUAAGACAGAAAGUACAGGCUUUAAAAAAAAAAAAAAAAGAAAAAAGAAAGAAAGAAGAAAAGACUUGAGAUAAUCUCUCCUGGCUUUUUAAGUUUCCUGUAAGAAAAAAGGUGCCGGAAAACCGCCCAUGUUUGGAGACUAUGAAGCUCAGAGACACUGGCAGGAGAUUACCUGGAAUUUACCAGUCAAGCAGUGGUACGUCAAUGGCAGUGACAAUGACCUGCAGUACUGGGGCCUGGACUACCCGCCCCUGACCGCCUACCACAGCCUCCUGUGUGCCUCUGUCCCCUGCCCUGUGUUCUCUUCCAGGGCGGAGCUCAUGGAUCCUGCCUGGGUGGCCCUCCACACGUCCCGGGGCUACGAGAGUGCUAGACACAAGUUAUUCAUGCGAGCAACAGUCUUUGUCGCCGAUUUGGUGAUUUACGUGCCUGCCGUCGUGCUGUACUGCUGCUGUUUGAAAGAGGCUUCGAGCAGAAAGAAGAUCGCCAGCGCCUUCUGCAUCCUGCUGUACCCCGGCCUCCUCCUGAUCGACUACGGACACUUCCAAUAUAACUCUGUGAGUCUCGGCUUGACUCUGUGGGGUGUCCUCGGCCUGGCUCAUGACCGGGACCUCCUCGGGGCGCUGGCCUUCUGCCUGGCCCUCAACUACAAGCAGAUGGAACUCUACCAUUCGCUGCCGUUCUUCUGCUUUCUGCUGGGCAAAUGCUUAAAGAAGGGCCUCAAAGGAAAGGGGUUGUUGCUGUUCCUCAAACUCGGCUUGACGGUGGCCGCCGCCUUCGCUCUCUGCUGGCUGCCGUUCCUUAGUGACGUGGAGCACGCCGUGCACGUGCUCAGGAGGCUCUUCCCCGUGGACCGAGGCCUGUUUGAGGACAAAGUGGCCAACGUGUGGUGCAGCCUCAACGUCCUCCUGAAGGUGAAGAGCCGCCUCUCGCCGCACACGCAGCUCCUGUUCAGCUUCACCUGCACCUUCCUGAGCCUGCUUCCUGCGUGCAUCAAGUUAACCCUCCAGCCCAGCCUCCGAGGCUUCAAGUACGCUCUGGUUAGCUGUGCAUUGUCGUUCUUCUUAUUCUCCUUCCAAGUACAUGAAAAAUCCAUUCUUCUGGCCUCGUUACCCGUCUGCCUCGUUGUGAACGAGGUGCCCUUCGUGUCCGUGUGGUUCCUGCUCGUGUCCACUUUCAGCAUGCUGCCUCUCCUGCUCAAGGACGGGCUGGCCAUGGCCGCCGUCGUGACCACGCUGGGCUUCCUGGUGGCCUGCUCGGCGCUGCUCGCCCUCUUCGACAAGGUGUCCGAGGAGGAGCUUCAGCUGGCGGCCUUUUCCGGCUGUGUUCGGAGGUGGCUCCCCGCCUUCAAGGUUCCUGCCGAGACGCUGCGCAGCUGGUUCCUGAGCUCGGCGCUGGCCAUGGGCCUGCUGACGGUCAGCAGCAUCGCCCUGGCCCCUCCCCCCACGCUGCCCGACCUCUUCUCCGUGCUCGUGUGCUUCGUGUCCUUCCUGCAUUUUCUCCUCUUCUGGAUCUACUUCAAUGUGAUACUUAUAUGGGAUCACGCAGACGGGAGAAGCCAGAAGAAAGUCAGCUGAGCGCCCCCAGGAGGCCCGUCCCAAAGGCAGGUUCUGUCGAGCCCGCCUGUCCGGCGCCGAAGCCUCAGAGCAGACGCGGCGCCCCUCGCGGGGGCUCCACCGGCAGUGACGAGGCCGGAGCCGGGGCUUCCAACGUCCGGGGGGAGAAGGUGCCCUCUCGGCUCCUCCCAUGGGGGGCUCCCCAGGAGCCCAGAGAGGGCCUUCUCCCCACAUGGACUCGGUUUCAUCAGCUGGACAAGCUGUAGAUAAUCUUAAAAAUAAAAGAUUGGCCGAUUUAAGAAAAAUAAAAAUAAAAUUGUGCGCCGUC